UGCGCAAGGACAUCCAGCGUCAAGCAACCAAAAGUUGCCUAGUCCUGCAAGGUAAUCAUUGCAGUUUUUCAAAAACACAACUAAGAGGGACAGGGACACUGCACCCAGAACACUUCAAUGAGCUGAAGUGGUCUGAUGCCUAUCGUGUUCCUUUAAUGAAGUGGUUUUGUGUAUAAGCCAUGCCGCUGCAGAUUUAUUGCUAAAUUCUCUGCCAUUUUGGAAUUCAGUUCCUGUGUUUAUGAAGCCCUAGCAAAUUCUUCCCUGACUGAGACCCACACUGCCUCCAUACACACUUCUUAAAAAAACAAACUUUAGUGUGAAGGUAGUACUCCCUGCAGAAGUGUUGAUGAUUUUGACAUUGGGGAGCUGUUGUUGAUGGUUCAGUACCUGGUCACACCACAUUAAGGUGAUAGGCAAUGUGUUGUUUUCCCAAAUCGUUGCACACACUGCGAGUAGGUGGAUGUCUUGCACAGCUGCCUGUGGGGUCCAUGUUAGCAGUUUUUAAUGCUAUGGCAGUAUCAUAGAAGCAGCGCUUAAUGGAAUUAUUAUAACUGCAGAUCAGCUAGUGAAUAAUCUGCUAAAGGUAAAGACUUAAAAUAGACAGUAGUUGUUCCCCAAGUAUUCCAUGACAUUGUGUGCAAGGCAAGAUAUUUGUGGGGGGAGGGGGUCACUAAUUAAUGACUAAGUGUAGGUGUCAUGCAAGCUUAAAAAUUCUGGGUUCUCCAACAGUGGGGUGGGGGAUGUUGAACCGAAUCUGGUCUCACUGUGGAACCAUGAAGUGUCUGUCAAUUGUUAGUGUGUUUAGCUCCACAAAUCAGCUAUUUUAGCCUGUGACUUGCAAUUCCCUAAUUCUUUGUGCCUAAUAAGCCAACUUCAGUGUGUAAGAGGCUUGACAAAAAAAAAUAAAAAAUAUAUAUAUAUUUUCCGCCCUUCAAACACUAGCACUACACUAUUGCGAUACUUUCUUAAUGCAGGGUUAUUUUAAUGCUUUUCCAAUGUAUGCUUAGAUAAAAUGAAUUUCCUUGUAACAGGCAUUGCUCUAGACAGCUUAUUUGGGGUCCUGCCUGCUGAAGGGAAAUCCGGUCGCUCUGCGCAUGCUCCUUCCUUUCCUGCUCAGGCCGCCUAACGAACCGCCGCGGUGAGUGUACGGUGAUCCCCAAAUCCCUAUUAUAUCCCGGCCAUCCGAGCAGCCCCAGCCCUUAAAGUCCAUAUAUCGCUGUGACAGACCCAGCUCUAGCUAAUAAGGUGGAUAUUGCUAGGAGUGCCUUUUAUUUGUGUGAAUUAUUGACUAAGAUUCGGAGAGAUAGGCCGCGGUCUCUGCCGGCUGGCAGUGGAGCUGUAUGGCUGGCAGGUUAGCCGACCCUAUAGUAAGAGUAAUAAAAAGGUUUUACGCGUGUUCUGGAACCGGUGCGUUCUAUAGGUAACCGCAUACUGCCAGCUCUUAUAAAGUGUUACCUGUACUGUCCGGCCAUGGUGACCCUGCCUCACCCAUUCAUCGAUAUAAAGAAAAUACUUGUUUUCAGACCUGUAAGUUGCUCCCGGAAGAUUCAGCUUCCAGGCGACAGCAUGGGUUUAGCUAGCUGUGCACUCACUGUGUCUUGCAGGCUGUGUUCUGUUCAUGGUGGUAGUGGAAUGUAUUGUUAUGUGAAUGUCUAAACGUGGGCAUGCUGCUUUUGGUUACUGUAUUUUAAUCCGGAAUAAACUGGCUGGUAAACAUCAAGUUGUAGAAGGUUCGUUUUGUUGCAGUUGAUUGUAAACCACUGCAACUUGAGAUGUAUUUUUCCCAAUUUGAUGUUUGGGUAGCACUUUUAGCAAAGGUUUAGCAGUUUCUACAGAACCACACCUAAGUAUUCAGGAACAAAAUUUGCAGGGAUGAUGGAAGGUUUUUAGUGCCAUAUUCUGAUUCUUAAGAUAUGAAUCAGAAUCCAGCUACAAUUGCCAUGAACCAGGUAAAUGCACAGGAGUGGACAGUUAAAAGGCAUUCAUCUGUGUUGUACGAAUUGCAGUUUUCCAGGAGCAAUAGACAAAUCAUGUUUUUACGUAAGUCUGUAUAUUCAUAUGGACUGAGUUUAACUUGAUUCACCAUAGCGUGCAUGCGCACCUUCCCUGAAAUAAAGGUUAACUGGGAAAACAUUUUUACUUGGUUCUCUGUGGAAGCACCUUUAGUGGCUGUCAAGAAGGCCAUUAUAUGAGUAUUUAACCCUGCAAUGUAAGUGUUUCCAUGUCUGCUAAAUGGAAUUUUUUUUUUGUAUUGAAGGGUUAAAACUAAAGGACUACAGCACUCAGACCUCUUUUGAAAUUGAAAGGAAGUAGUAUUUUUGGUGGUAUCUAUCAAUUCUACAUUUUAGCACUGUGCCACUUGGAAUGAUGAAUGGUUUAAAAAAAAAAAUGCUAGUGUGUAAAAGGAAAUCCGUUUGUGCUAGAUCGAUUCUAUGAUGCAUACAGUGUAUUACAAAAAACACAAUAUGUCAUGCAAAGUGACUUCUCUUCAACUUAUCUUAAGUUUAGCACUUUGUAAUUCUGAGUUUAACACUUCCCUUUCCUUGUUGCAGAUGUUGAUGCCCAAAAAGGAUCGUAUUGCCAUCUAUGAGCUCCUGUUUAAGGAAGGAGUAAUGGUGGCCAAGAAGGAUGUUCAUAUGCCAAAGCAUCCUGAGCUGGCUGACAAGAAUGUACCCAAUCUUCACGUUAUGAAAGCUAUGCAGGUAACAGCUGCCUUCCUAGCACAUUGUUUCCCUGUUUUUUGAGACACUUUAUGUUCACAAACUUAUUUCAUUUUACACUGAUUGUUUUUCAAAACUAAAUGUUAUGUGACAUAUGAAAAAAGUCAGCAUAUACUUUAAGCACACCAUGCUAAGUUAAUUACCUAAAAUAACUAAUCAUCCAAGUCAUCUUAGUUAUUACCAUUAUAGUGUAAUGUUGUAGUUAUGGUGCCCUUGCUCCAUCCCAGAGCAAAGAGUCAAAGUAUUUGCAUGCAAUGGUCUCCUCUUUCAGGAGAGCCAAAUAUGAUCUGCCCUGUGUAACAAACUGUGUUGCACAAGGCACUAUAUUCCCUCUCUGCCUACCCCACGUUCCCACCAUCCCUUCAAUCCCUUGUCCCAGCCCACUUGCUUGCCUACCCAAAGAGCGCGCUCUCUCUGGUGCUACCUAAGUGGAGAUAUCCACCAGAGAGAGAUGCAAGCUCUAGCCUCUGGAGCCGUGAGGCGACUUUACUGCAGCAGUGUCUGGUUCGCGCCCUUUCUCCCGGUGGCUGACACAAGUUAAAGGGUUCCGCUCACUGAUCGCCGCGUGGUUUUGGCGACCAAUAGGAGACGGAGCCAGGAUGCAAACUGGAUUCACGCCCUUUCUCCUGAUAAGCAGGCGCGAGUUACAGGGAUUAGCUUGGAACCCCUCCUCUCCUAAGUGCUGAUUGGUCGUGUUGUGGUUUAGUAAAGUUCCUGAAGUAAACCUUGGGGGAUUUCUGUGAAAUUCGUGUACAUUUAUGUAACUUCAUUUAUAGAACACUGUAUACACAACUGAUCUUUUCUACUUUUAUAUGCUAGCUGUGCUUCCAAUGCAACCUCCCAGUAUAAUCGUUUUUGAGUGCUUUGCCUUCUUACCUGGUGUCUAGGCUCAUUGCCUCCACUACUGUUCUGUAAGAGCCAGAAUCUCCUGCUUAUGAGCUUCUGAUAUGUCCUACGCUGCAGGACUUGGCUCAGACUGCAGUGCCUGCACAUCUCACUCACCAAGCUGUAGUGGAGGCAGAGAACGAUACCCGACAUACCACAUUUACGAAGUCAAACUGUUUAGGUCGCCAUGGCAGUCCUGGCACCAUAAGCACUACAGUGCUUUGGAGUGCUCCUUUUAAGUGCUUGAAGUGAAGAGGUUCCAAAGAUUAUGAAUUUUAUAGUGCCAUAAUUGUUUGUCAUUUAAGAACAGACUUGUUAAGUUGAAAAAUGUUCUAAAGUGCAUCUUUGGACAGUAAGGUUUUUGCCAGGUUAGGAGUAGUUUGAGAUUGAGUGAGUUAUGAUGAAGCAGGGUGGACAAAAAUCAAUGCUAAAAAAAAAAGUGUUUUGUAUAUUUAAAUUGUUGAUAGUUUGGUAUUUAAGAUACUAUAGACCAAAGAUUAGUGAGCUUGAAAUAUGGAUUAGUUAUGUAGUAUGAGGCUGUAUAUUCAUGCAAUAUUUUUAAAUUUGUGGUAAAUUAAAUUCAUCCAAAUUAAAGCGGCACUGUCAUACAGUAGGGACUACUUUGUAUGGUCGGAACUACCGCCAUCUUGUAGUGUCAGCUGCAGGGAAUUGGCUCUAAUACUCCAUAGACCUCAAUGCUGUACUUUUUGCUCAUGCACAAGAGUACAGCAGUGAUGUCUGGUCCUUGCACUGAAGGAGCUGGGGCAGAAGAUGACCCACCUGAAGAAGAUGGCAGUGUCCGCAUGGGAUGGGUAAGUUAAACUCACUUUUGCCUGUCCCCGGCAAAAUAUUUAAUGUGUAUAGGUUCUUGUUGUGAGAGGAGUAUGAGGUAAGUGUCUAUGUAGUGUGUAGCCUCUGGGAUGUAGCUAUUUGUGUGCUCAUAUGGGCUAUAGUGUGUGCAAAUGUUCAGAAGAUCUAGAGCUACCCAGACUAAACUUAUUUUUUUUUUCUUUUUUAUAAACCGCACAUUUUUAGGCAUUGUGACUAGCUCACGUCUUUGUGAGACAUUUGUAACUAUAAUUGUGUUGAGAAACUGAUCUGAAUGUUUGCAAAAUAAUUACAAAUCUUUAUUUUUUUUAAUUUCUCCUAUUUCAACAGUCUUUGAAGUCUCGUGGCUAUGUAAAGGAGCAGUUUGCUUGGCGUCACUUCUACUGGUAUCUGACCAAUGAAGGUAUCCAAUAUUUGCGUGAUUUCUUGCAUCUGCCCCCAGAGAUUGUUCCUGCAACAUUGAGGAGAAGUCGUCCUGAAACUGGCCGACCCAGGCCUAAAGGUAAAUAUACCAUACACAGUGCCCUGGUUAGAAUACAUGUGUGACGCUCAUAAUAAAAGCUGGCACUACCACUGACUAAACAUAGCUCAUACUACCAGUGAAACAUUUCCCUUCAGUUUUUUUGUUCAAUUCUUUUUAUUUUUUAUUGGCAAGUGAUAUUACAUAUACAGUCAUUAGUUAAGAUACAUAUUGCCUGUUUCAAUUAACAAUUGAACAUUUACAAUCCCAUCUUCCAUAUUGUAUGUAAUGUAUAGUACAUAGUGUUCUCCAUACCCUUCCCUUGAGAGUUUUAUGUCCAUUCUGAUCAUACAUAGACUGUGCUAGUAUAAGGAGGCACGCUACACAUGUAUUUUUUUUUUUAUUUAAACAAAUUUUUAUAGGUUUAAAAACAAAAACCUGCCAAGAUUGAAAGGCUUUUAAUAUUGACAUGGUGUCGAAGCCUAAAGAACGAUCAUGUGACACAGUAAGGAGCUAUAGAAGCCCAAUGAAAUAAAACAUAGCAUAUGUAAGAUAAGAUCAUUGAUAUAUUGCAUACGCUACCUAAACACAUAAUUAAAAAAACAUAUUUGGGCAUAAAGUAAAAGAAAGAAAUGGCUAGUGGAACAUAAAAGACACAACUUACAUCUGAAAAGGGGGGGGGGGUUAACCCCGGUUAACCCCUUAGUGACCAGACUGUUUUUCAAUUUUCUUACUGUUUGUGUUAAGCUGUAAAUUUUCUUUUUACUCGUUUACUGUACCCACACAUAUACAGUUUUUCUCACCAUUAAAUGGUCUUUCUAGAUACCAUUAUUUUCAUUAUAUAAUUUACUAUAAAAAAUUAUAAAAUAUGAUGGAAAAAAUAAUAAACGUUUUCUUACUUUGACCCACAAGAUCUGUUGCGCAUCUACAACCGCCCCAAAAAACACCUGUCCCAACUAGUGUCUAAAUUUUGUACUGCGUCUAGAAAUACCCAAUGUUAACAUGUUCUUAGGUUUUUUGUUUUUUUUUAAACGAAAGUUACAUUGCAACACUGAUAUCUGUCAGGAAUCCCUGAAUAACCCUUCACAUGUAUAUUAAUUUUUUAAAAGAAGAUAACCUAAGGUAUUAAACGUGGGGUAUUUUGACUCUUCUCAUGCAACCAUUUUACCACCAAUCUAUGCCAAAUAUAAAAUAAAAUUUUCCAACUUUGAAUUUUCACAGCUGGUCAUCAUGCACCGAUGUCCUAUUUAGGACAUUUUUGAAGCCGGCCAAUGUAAUUUACUGCCAUAAAACCAUAUAUUUUUGAAAAGUAGACACCCUAGGGCAGGGGUAGGCAACCUUUUAGCAGCACUGUGCCGGUAUAGGAUUCUUAUGUCCCGUAGCGUGCCGGUCCUUUUAUUUUUAUUUUUAAAUUGAGGUGUGUAUGCUGCCGUAUUCUGCUUGUGUUAUUUAUACUGUUAUUGCUUUGUAUCGUUGUAUUUGUGAGUAUUAUAUUGUAUAUGUUCAUGAGUAGAUUGUGGUAUCGUGUAUGAUACAUAUGAAUGUGGGCUGUGUAUGGGGGCAGCUUGUGGAAUUGUGUGUGUGUGUGGAUGGAUAUGUCACAUUGUGUGUUUAGUAGGGUGUGUGUGUGGGGGCUGUUUGGGGUAUUGCAUGUGAGAGGCUGCAUGUGGGGUUGUGUGCAUGUAUGUGGAUUGUUAGUGGUGUUGCGUUUGUGCGGAUUGUGUGUAUGUUUGCGUGUAGGCUGUCCGUAUUAUUUGUAUGAGGGGGAGGGUCUUUCUGCAUUUCUGUGUAUAUCUGGCAGUGUAGGUGGCUUCCCUGGGUUCCAGUGGGGACCAUGUUGGCCGGGUACAGGUCAAGGACAGGAGCUGCAACUGCGAGCUGCACUACUACUGUGUGGAUUCCCAUUCACAAGUGCUGGAAUGAAGUGCUCUGAGAUCACUUCCUCUACGUGCUGCAAUGCAUAAAUUGAGGAUUGUCCUUCACCAUCUUUUUGUAUUAGCAGAUACAUGAAGUUUUACUGGGACUCCUGAUAGGCCAGAGCCUGUUUGGCUCUAGCAGCCUUGAGUGCCGUGCAAAGGCACCGCGAGUGCCGUGCGUGGCACUAGUGCCGUAGGUUGCCUUCCCCUACCCUAGGGUAUUUCAAAUGGUGGUAUUUUAACACUUUCCAUGCACUAAUUCUACCACCAGUCUUUGUCAAACUUUGGGGUAGUCGUUUUUUAUUUUUUAUUUUCUCACAUUGUACUUUAGGCAUGGAUUCUCAGUUCCUGUUAUGUGUUACUGCCAAAGAACACUCCAAUAUGUGUUCAGCAACAUCUCCUGAGUACAACAGUUCCCCUAAUGUACAAGCAUAGCUAUUACUGCGCGAAUUAAGUGACAGGAUAACAGGGUGAAAAAAAGAUUCACUUAACAGUGAACUAUGUAUACUACCAUAGAAAGACUAUAGUAAUAGCUAUUCUUGGCUACUUUGAGCCAUUAUAGAAUGUACAGGGAUUUCAAAGCCCAAGACAUGAGAGAGAUAUAUAGAUAUAUAGAUAUAUAGAUAUAUAGAUAUAUAGAUAUAUAGAUAUAUAGAUAUAUAGAUAUAUAGAUAUAUAGAUAUAUAGAUAUAUAGAUAUAGAUAUAGAUAUAGAUAUAGAUAUAUAUAUAUAUAUAUAUAUAUAUAUAUAUAUAUAUAUAUAUAUAUAUAUAUAUAUAUAUAUAUAUAUAUAUAUAUAUAUAUAUAUAUAUACUACUCCCAUUCCCCAGCUUCUUCAAUUUGUGUCUAAUUGUAACAUCCAAUAUUGAAUAAAGUUUCUACUUCUUUUGAUCCAUUUUGAAUCAAGUUUAGCUGAAGGAAUUGUACUUAUGUCCUCCCAAGUUUUGGAAUUCUUUUAGUUAGCUGAAUAUAUUUUAUUCCUUUUUUUUUUUUUUUUUUAAAUACCAGCUCAGGAAUCCCCCACUUCCAGGGGGUAUUCUAUUUAUUUUUCUAUUUAAUCAUUUCAAGGGAUCAGGCCCAUGGUGGAUCUGGUACCACCAUAUUGACCACUUUUUCCUAAACCCAAGAAGUUUGAAUUUGGUGACAUUGUUCUUUUUGAAUUAUGGGUAACUAAAUUCCAUAGACAAUGCUUCUUGCAUAGAUUACAGUAUAAUCUCUCUUCCUGUCUUCUUCACUCAUUUGGAUAUUUCAGUGGGAAAGCAGAGUAUAUCACAAAACUUUGACGAGCAGUGAUAUAUGGAGUAAAUAAUACAGCACUGGUAGCAGUCUGAUUUGUGUAAAGAUUUAGAAGACUUCUGCUUGAGCUAGUUUCACUUAAUCGCUUUUCUUGCUUUUUCGUUAUGUUUGUGUAUGGAUCUAUAAAUGGCAUACAUUUUCCAUUAAACUUUUUUGAGUGAGGCUUUGGCUUAUAACCAGUGUUCUGUUUGCAAAUCACUGGAGUUACAAAAUGCUGUGCAGAGUAGCAUAAUGGUGGUAGUUUUUUUUGUUUUUUAAAAUCUUUUUCCUCAAUCCACAUUAUGGUUCCGAUAUUUGUUCAUAAAGCGUAUAUUUUCGUAAGGCAUGCAUUGAACAGCUCAUUUAGAGAAUAGAUUAUAGAUUUAGAGAAUAGAUUAUACAUCACAAGAGUGCUCUAAGCUGCCUUGCGCGUGGGUAUUUCUGUGAAUUGAGGUGUUUUUUUGUUUUGGUGUGUAAGCCUGUCGGUGUGUCGCAUGUGUGGAGUGGCCACAGGGCUGUGGGUCGUAGGAGUGGUACAGGUGGUAGGCAUUCCCGUGGCCAGGUAUAUGCCCCUUCCCUCAGAGAGCGUUUGUGCGAUCUGUGCAUCUUUUAGGGUUAGGGAAGGGAUUGUGGGGGAGAGUGCCUGUAGUGAUGUCCGUAGGUGUCUGGACGGUCUUGUAAGUGAAGGUAUGCCGUGCGUGUCUGCGCGUGGUGAGGUAGGGCCUACUGUGUAGUUCCUGGACUGAACGGCAGUGUACUGGUAUUGCUCCACUCUGUGCCCCCUCUAGUCAGAGACGCCUGCAGAAGACUGAGUGGGUGGAAGUGUGGCAGUGUUGAAAAAUGUAUUAUAAUAAGUGUGAGUCCAUCUUAUUGCCCUGAUGUCAGCAGGUUUGGUGGGGAAAAACAACUGUUGUGAGCUCCGGAAUAGAUCCCCAAUGUCCUGUCCCGGCAGGCUCUUGUCAGGCUUGGGUUUUUAUUUUUGCAGCCCAUCCUUGGUCUAGUGUUCAGGGAGUUGGGUUUUGUGAAUGUUGAACUUACAUUACCCAUAAAUCCCUGCUGGUUAGGACUUUAUGGUAAAUGCUUGGAAUGGCUGAAAAAACAAAUAGAAAAGGGGUGGUAUAUUUCAUUAAUUGUUACAUUUUGUGUUUUGAAAGAUGUUUAUUUUAAGAUUUAUUGAACCACAAGAUUUUAUUUUUUUAUUUUUUUCCUCAAAGAGCAGUUGAUUACUUCUGCGGAUUGUAUCUUUGCAUCUUGUCUUUAACUGUUAAGUAAAUGUUAAAAUCUGUUUUGAUAUCAAUAGAGCUACAAAACAAGAAUUUUAGAGUUGUUUAUAGCAAGCAAUAUAAUUUCAAUCCUUCCUGUCAUCUUUGCAGGUCUAGAAGGCGAGAGACCUGCCAGAUUGUCCCGUGGUGAGACUGACAGAGAUACAUACAGACGUAGUGCUGCUCCACGUAAGUGUCUGCAUGAAUACCAUUAAGAUGAAGUGAUGGUGACCACACUGAUCUGUGAGCUAACGAAAAUAUUUGUUUCCAUAGCUGGGGCAGAUAAGAAGGCAGAGGCUGGUGCUGGAGCAGCAACAGAAUUUCAGUUUGUAAGUACAGUGCAAUGACUUGUAACAUACAAUUACUUAUUACUUUCUAACAAACACACAUUGUAAAUGGAGAAGAGAUAGCUGAAAGUAUUCACAAUAUAGAGAUCCAUUUUUGUGAAUGUCUGGUUUCUAAAAAUUUAUUAUUUUUUUUUUUAACACACAGAGAGGAGGAUUUGGACGUGGUCGUGGACAGCAGCCCCCACAGUGAAACUGAUUACUUUCUUUUGUGAAUAAUAAACCUUUGUGAACAACACAAUAUGUAUUCAUUUAUUGUUUUUACAUAAGGAGACAGGUUGGAAGUGCCUACUAACCAUUAACCCUUUCACGAUGUUAGGGUGUGCUAUGCCGUCCUACAAAAGGAGAGCUUUAGCGCCACUAGAGCUGCAUAGCAUGUCCUAACGAUUGGGCCCUUCCUCGGCUUUGCAUACACUCCCUCCUCACCGGAUUCGAUCGCGGGACUGUGACAAAUGUGGCAACCCCCUGCAGCUAGUCAGUUGUGAUCACAUGACUGAUCAGCCGAAUUGCAAGAUUGACUGCAGGCGACUUUCUAGUUUGUUAGGUAGAUCCUCCCUCCAACAUAUAACUAAUAAAACCACAACUGUAAACAUGAUAAAUAUAAACCUAGAAUUAAAUGUGUAUAUAAACUAAUUCUACAUGUGUAUUUAUGUAAUUUUCAAUAAUCAUGUGAUUGUAAUAAUUCCAUAUUGGGGGACAUAUCUGACAAUCCAGACAAAGUCCAGAGAAUUUAAUUUACAGAGCCUAUAUUUUACCCUGUAACUUUACAAAAAAAAAAACUAAAACCUAUGCCUGUUUGGUACUGUUGUGCUUGUGAGACAUCGCUGAACACGAAUGAGUGGUUUGGAGCAGUAAAACUUAACCCCUUAAGGACGGAGCCAAAUGUACACGUUGUGAACAAAACAAAAUGUAAACAAAACCUGGCAUUUGCGCUACAUGUCUGUCCAACCGUAAUACACCUCUUUCAUAGUAAAUGCACCCACCCUUAUUAUAUAUCAUUUUAUUCAGGGGAAACAGGGCUUUCAUUUAAUAGCAAAUAUUUAGCUAUGAAACAUAAUUUAAUAUGAAAAAAUGGGAGAAAAUAAGAUAUUUUUUUUUUUUGUUCUACAUGACAUUUUAACGGUCAGUGUCAUAAUACUGUUUGCUUUUACUGCAAUAAAAUACACAUAUUUGUAUUCAGUAAAGUCUCAC